UUUAAAAAGAAAAGCAUUUGUUUAACAUUUUUACCAAAAGUAUAUUUUUUAUUACCCUUUUAUUGGGUCAACAUUUUCUUGUAAUUACCAAAAGUAUAUAUAUAUAUAUACACAUAUUUUUUGUCAUCAUAUAUAUACACAUUUAAAGCUCUUAUUAUGCCAUCACUUAUCAACCGAGUUGAACUUGAAACCGUAUCAGUAGAGUGAUAUGCUCAGAUUGAAUUUGAGAAACUGCCGUCUUACUACGACAUCGUUCUGUAAACACAUCCACAGCAAUGCUGUUCCAACAAAUCUUCACUCGACCAAUCUGGCGUUGGGAGAUUUAUCCAAAUCUGGUCGGAUCAACGAAGCCCGCCAACUGUUCGAUGAAAUGCCUGAGAAAGAUGAGUAUACUUGGAACACCAUGAUCGUUGCUUACACCGGUUCAGGUAGACUCUCUGACGCGAAACAGCUAUUCCGUAGAAACCCAAUGAAGAACACAAUCUCCUGGAAUGCUCUUAUCACUGGGCAUUGCAAGUAUGGUAGUGAAGAUGAGGCUUUAAGUUUGUUUUGGGAAAUGCAGUUCCAAGGAAGACACUUUAACGAGUACACUUUAGGUAGUGUUCUUAGGAUGUGUGCUUCACUUGGUUUGCUUCAGAGAGGUGAACAGAUUCAUGGGUGUAUAGCAAAAACAGGGUUUGAUAUGGAUGUUAGCGUGGUUAAUGGUUUAAUCGCUAUGUAUGGACAAUGCAGGCGUGUGUAUGAAGCUGAGUAUCUCUUUGGGACGGUGCCAGGUGAGAGGAGGAAUAACGUUACGUGGACUUCAAUGCUCACCGGCUACUCGAGGAACGGGUUUGCGUACAAGGCGAUUGAGUGUUUCAGGGACAUGAGAAGAGAUGGAAAGGAGUCUAAUCAGUUUACCUUUCCUAGCGUUUUAACUGCUUGUGGUGCGGUCUGUGCUCGCAGGGUUGGAGUUCAGGUACACGGCUGCAUAGUUAAGAGUGGUUUCAAGACCAACAUCUUUGUUCAGAGCGCGGUGAUUGCUAUGUACGCUAAAUGCAGAGACUUGGAAACCGCGAGAGCCUUGUUGCAAGACAUGGAAGUUGACGAUGUGGUUUCUUGGAACUCGUUGGUUGUUGAGUGUGUUAGAGAAGGUUUUAAAGAAGAAGCUCUGUCUUUGUUUUGUAGAAUGCACGAGCGAGAUAUGAAGAUAGAUGAGUUCACAAUCCCUUCUGUUUUGAACUGUUUCGCUACCUCUAGAACAGAGAUGAAGAUAGCUUCUUCUGUGCAUUGUCUGAUUGUGAAAACUGGAUAUGGAACUCACAAGCUGGUGAACAACGCUCUUGUGGACAUGUAUGCUAAAAGAGGUAUCAUGGAUUCAGCGUUGGAAGUGUUUGAAGGGAUGACUGAGAAAGAUGUGAUAUCUUGGACGGCUCUUGUCACAGGCAACACACAUAAUGGUUCUUAUGAACAAGCGUUGAAGCUGUUCUGUAACAUGAGAGCUGAAGGAGGCGUUUCUCCUGAUCAGUUUGUUACAGCGAGUGUACUAAGCGCCUCAGCGGAGUUAACUCUACUCGAGUUUGGGCAACAAGUACACGGAAACUAUAUUAAAUCUGGCUUCCCUGCCUCUUUGUCAGUAGAUAACUCUCUUGUGACAAUGUACACAAAGUGCGGAAGCUUAGAAGAUGCCGACGCAGUUUUCAGCUCUAUGGAAAACAAAGAUUUGAUAUCAUGGACUGCUCUGAUUGUUGGUUACGCGAAAAACGGCAAAGCUAAAGACUCUCUGCAAUCAUACAAGUUGAUGAUAGGCAGUGGCAUAACACCAGACUACAUUACCUUUAUCGGUUUACUAUUUGCUUGCAGUCAUGCAGGUCUCAUAGAAGAAGCUCAGCACUACUUUGAUUCGAUGAGAACAGUUUACAGAAUCAAACCAGGGCCUGAGCACUACGCGUGUAUGAUUGAUCUCUACGGUAGAUCCGGCGAUUUCGCCAAAGCAGAGGAGUUGCUGAAUCAAAUGGAGGUUGAACCAGAUGCAACUGUAUGGAAAGCGAUAUUGGCUGCAAGUAGGAAGCAUGGGAAUAUAGAAAACGGUGAAAGAGCAGCGAAGACUCUCAUGGAGCUGGAACCAAACAAUGCUGUUCCUUAUGUUCUGUUAUCAAACAUGUACUCUGCAGCAGGGAGACAAGAGGAAGCUGCAAAUGUUCGUAGGUUGAUGAAAUUUCGUAACAUAAGCAAAGAACCUGGUUGCAGUUGGGUUGAAGGGAGAGGUGAAGUUCAUAGCUUCAUGUCUGAAGAUAGGAGACAUGAGAGAAUGGUUGAGAUAUAUUCCAAAGUUGAUGAAAUGAUGCUUUUGAUCAAAGAAGCUGGUUAUAUACCGGAUAUGAGUUUUGCACUCCAUGACUUGGAUAAGGAAGGGAAAGAGCUUGGUUUGGCUUACCAUAGUGAGAAACUAGCUGUAGCGUUUGGUUUGCUUUCUGUACCGUCUGGAGCUCCGAUCCGGAUCAUCAAGAACCUCCGUGUCUGUGGGGAUUGCCACAGUGCAAUGAAGUACAUAUCGAGAGUUUAUCUAAGGCAUAUCAUCUUAAGAGAUUCGAACUGCUUUCAUCACUUUAGAGAUGGAAACUGUUCUUGCGGAGACUAUUGGUAA